AUGGCCCGCCUCGCAGCGCUUGCUCUCACUGGCCUCGCCUUGCUCACGCGGCUUACAUUGGCGGUCGCGACGCAGGCAGAUGUCGAGACGCCCGAGUUCAAGACUUUCAGCUUGCCGGAGCACCCGCACCACGCAGUCCGCAUCAAGGAGCAGAGCGAUGAAAUUUGCGCUGCCGGGUCGAGGCAGUGGACCGGAUGGCUUGAUGCAGGUGGAAAGCACCUCUUCUUUUGGUACUUUGAGAGUCUGAAUGACCCCAAGAAUGAUCCGCUCAGUCUGUGGAUCACGGGCGGACCCGGAGGCAGCGGUCUCGUCGGCAUGAUGCUCGAACUUGGGCCCUGCCUAAUCAACUCGAACGGCACCGGCACGGUCCACAACUCUUACGCUUGGAACUCCAACUCGUCCAUGAUCUUCGUCGACCAGCCUGCCGGCACCGGUCUGUCCUACUUCGAUGAGGGCAUCGAACAGCCCGUGACGUCCGCCAUGGCCGCAGAGGACAUGAACGUCUUUCUCCGCAUCUUCUACUCGGCGUUCCCUCACCUAUCCACACUCCCCUUCCAUAUCGUUGGUGAGAGCUACGGCGGACAUUACAUCCCCGCCUUGGCUGCAGAGAUUGUGGAAUACAACACCGGAUCUCCCGCGCCGAACUUCAAGAUCCCCCUGGCGUCUGUGAUGAUUGGCAACGGGUACGUCUCGCCCGCGGACACGGUGUGGGGUUACUACGACACGCUGUGCACGACGAAGCCCGGCGUCCCGGAGCCGGUUUUCAAUGUGAGCACGUGCGGCAAGAUUGCCGACGCGCUGCCGAGGUGUAUGUACAUCCAGGAAGCGUGCUACGCUUACCCGGAUCCGAUCGUCUGCAAGGCGGCAAACAAGUUUUGCACUGACAACAUUGACUGGCUGUACUACAAGGACGUCAAGGCGGGCGGGAGAAACCCGUUCGAUAUCACGGCGCCGUGCGAGACGGAAUCCAUCUGCUACGCGGCCGGAGACGGGAUCGAGGAUUACAUCAAGUCGGAAAAGGUCAGCGCCGCGCUGGAGAUUCCAAAGGAUGUCGCAAAGAAUUUCAGCCUGAUUUCAAUGUUGGUCAACAGCGGGUUUGAGCAUGCGGGAGACGUGUUUCUCAGCACCGAGGCGCAGGUCAAGUACAUCCUCGAGUCCGGGGUGGACGUCCUCAUCUACAACGGAGACCUUGAUCUAGCGUGCAACACAGCGGGAAACAUCCGGUGGACCAACAAGUUGGCGUGGGCUGGGCAGGUCGAAUUCAACGCGCAGGAUCUCGCGGUAUGGUAUGCUGCCAAGGGCCGGGAGGUCGUGCGUGCGGGGCGGUGGAAGCAGGUUGUGAAGAAGACCAAGGGAGGCAAGGAGACAAAGUUCGCAUUUGUUACGGUUGAAGGAUCGGGACAUAUGGUGCCGUUGGACCAGCCUGAGGUUGGUCUGGCGAUGGUCAGAAACUGGCUAUUUGGGGACUUUGCGACGGCUAGCAAGGGCGGAAUGAAGGUUCAGGUCUCUGGGCAAGGGAAGGAGGAGCAGUGGUCAUUGGAGUUGUGA